UAAAAAAUAAUAAUUUAAAUUUUGAUUAUUUCUUCAACGCAUUGUUUCCCUUUCCUUCUAUUCCUUCAUCUUGGUCUCUCAGCCCAACGAAGACUUCUCGCCGGAAAAUCUGACUCCGAUCAUCGUCGAUCGCUUCCUCCAGUCUCCGGUGAUACAUCAGAGCGGAAUCCGUCGGAUUUCGAUUCGAAGUUUGGGAAAAUCAUUCAAACACAAAGUUUAGGUAAUCGCUGAGAUUUUGGGUAUUUCAUUUAUGGAUUAUCGUUUAUUAGUGAUUGGAUUCCGAGAAAAUAUUAAACACAGAGAGAGAAAGGUUUUAAGGUUUGUCGUUUGGUUAUUAUUAAUAAAAUAGUGAGAUUUUUUUGUUAUUCUCUUUUAUGAUGUAUUAAAUUUUAUAAUUAGCGUUUGGUAGGGUUUCAAUUUCAAUCUUUCAUACUUUUUACUUAUUGUGCCAAUCAGUGAAUAUAUAUAUUAUAAAUAUAUUACGGUUUGAAUAUUAUCGCUAUUAUUUUACAACUAGAAUGUAGUUAGUUUUGUUAAUUUUUUUUUUAUUUAAGUAAAUAAAUAAACAGAAAUUGAUUAAUCUGAUUUUGUUGUAAUUUUGGGUUCAAUGAACAAUCAAAUCUCUCUCUCUUUUUGCUGUGAAAAUGGGUUAUGGAGAGAUUUGAUGAACAGUGAAACACUGAAGUUUGUCUUCCACAAAAGAGACAUGGACCCCUUAAAUGCAGAAGUUUAUGUUAUGUUAUGAAAAAACCUGGGUUUUCUUUCUCUAUUUCAAUUAAAGCCAAUGCUUUUCAUUGAUUUUCGUUCCCGAAUCUUGGAAAAAUGAAUUCAAGAGUCAAAUGAAAAAUAAUUACCUAUUAUAUACAAUUAUUAUUUUCAUAUCUUACCACUCUGACCCUGUAUCUCAUAUAUAUUGUUUUGUGUGUACUAUAUUUUAUUUUAUUUAUUUCUACUGAGAAGUGAGAAGUUCUUUUCUUUUUCUUGGUAUAAUUUAGACUGUAAAAAAAUUCAUGGGGAUGGAUAGUGAUCUCCAUUACACGUGGAUUUGCUUGUCUCUUGCCAUUUCUCCAAGGACAUUACCAUCUGCAAUUUCAAUCUUCUAAUUAUACAUGGGAAUAAAAUAUACAUUAAAGUAUACAAACAAAAUAAAUGUAUUUUCCCUUCUUUCUUUUCUUAUUUAAUUUAUUUUAUUUUUUUAUUUUGGUGGGUUAGAUUUGUAGUUGGUUUAGUAAAAAAGGCAUUAAAAAUCCAUGAAUGAAUCUUUUGAUAAUAAUUGGUAGCAAGUGAUCCCAAGAUUGCUUUUGUUUUUCAUUCUAAGAAAAAGAGAGAAUUUUUUUUUUAUUUUUUUUUUUGAGCUUGUUUUGUCAAAGUUUAAUUUUGAUAUACUUCCAUUGAAUUCGCUUUCAUGAAAGUGAGUUGGGAUAGAAGAAGAAGGUAAUAAGUUAAGUGGGGUUGUGUUUAGAGCAAACCAACUUCCAGCCUAGCCGACCAUGGCACUCUCGUGAGAGAGACAAAAGAAAAGAAGAAAAAAAAAAGAAUCCCUUUAUCCUACGCACUCCUCUUUCAUAAUAUCCUACACCCAUUACCUUCUUCCUUCCCCUUCUCUAGUCCACUCUCCCAGUAUCCCCAAAUUGCUGAGGGGACCCCUUACCCUGUAAUGGCAGUUUAUGGGAUAACUAAAGCCAAAGCUACAAUGAUAACUGUUUGUGCACGUAGUGGCAUUUCCCGCAAUUCUCUGUGACCCCAUUUCACCAUAUGUCUUUUAACCCCUUUUCCCACCUGAACUCCUUCCCAUGGCCUGAUCUCCCUGGAUUCGGCCUUAUCCUUAGGAAAGAGCAAUACCCAUUUGAGUUUAUGAGUUGUAAUACUGAUAUUGAUACUCAAUCAGAUCUGUGGUUCUGUAAAGAUAGAAAAGGAUCUUCUUUUUUGAGGAAGCCUGUGUGUUGCCAUUGAAUGCGGAAUACUAGAAAAGGCAAAGAAGGGGUGUCAGAUGAUUGCUGGUUUAAUUUUGUGAAUUUUCAUUAUAUCUUCCUCUUUUGAUCAAUGUUGUCUAGUUUGGAUAUUGUUUGAUGGAUGUAUGUAAAUCGGAGCGAGCAUUUAGGAAGCACAUAACGGUGGAGACCCCACGACCACCAUUGGUUCCGGCAGAAAAGAAUAAUGUACUCACCACCGGCCGCCUUCGAACGAGGGAAGUUUCUUCAAGGUACAAGUCACCUACUCCCUCGACCACGCCAAAGGGUGCUCGGCGUUGCCCAUCACCCAAUCUUACAAGAACAGCAUCUUCACCCACUUCUUCUUCUUCCUCUUCUCAUUUGGUAUCUAAAAGAGCAAUAUCUGUGGAUAGGAAGAGACCUUCAACGCCUCCUUCCCCCUUAAGUCCAUCUACACCGGUUCAGGAUUCGUCCGUAGAUAUGCAUUUAGCGUCCAGAAGAGUUGCUAGUUCUCGGUUGCCGCCGGAUAGUUUAUGGCCUUCAACGAUGCGGAGUUUGAGUGUUUCUUUUCAGUCUGAUACAAUUUCUAUUCCUGUUAGUAAGAAGGAAAAACCAGUUGUUACAAAUGCUUUGUCUGAACGUACUUUGAGGUCAUCAUCAAAUGUAGCACAUAAACAGGUUGAAACAUCUGUUUCUAGAAAGCCUACACCUGAAAGAAAGAGAAGCCCUUUAAAGGUGGGGAAGAAUGUGGCUGAUCAGUCAGAGAAUUCUAGACCAGUGGAUGGUUUACAUACUCGUUUGAUAGAUCAGCAUCGGUGGCCGAGUAGAACAGGUGGGAAGCUGUCUUCUAAUUCAUUAAAUAGAAGUAUGGAUCUUGGUGAUAAAAGUGCCAGAAAUCUUUCCACACCUGGACCUGGAUUUGGGUUGUCUUCUUUGAGAAGAACACCCUCUUCUGAUGUUAUAGGAAAGCCUUUACAAAAAUCUUCAAGUGAUGCUGCAAGGCUAUUAUCAACCGUGGAAAGUUGCAGAGCAGGGUUUGGGGUGAGUUUAGUUGAUGAUAAUUCACUUCAUACAUCCAGACUUCACAAGUUUCCCUCUACAAGUUUGCCAGAAAGACCCAAGUCUGCAAAUUCUGUAGCCAGAUCUCAGUCUUUGCCUACUCGUCCACCCUCACCUAGUAAGACCUCGUUGAUAGCCUCCUCUGUUACUAGGGGUGUCAGUCCGUCACGGAACAGACCAUCCACUCCCCCUUCUAGAGGAAUUAGUCCAUCUCGAAUAAGGGCAUCCGGCAUUUCAAAUCAACCCACCAAUCCAAAUUCUGUGCUUAGUUUUAUUGCUGAUUUUAAAAAAGGAAAAAAGGGUUCUGGGUACAUUGAAGACGCUCAUCAGCUAAGGUUGCUAUACAAUAGAUAUUUGCAAUGGAGAUUUGCUAAUGCUCGCUCAGAGACAGUUCUUUAUGUGCAGAAAGUAACUGCCGAGAGAACUCUAUUCAAUGUCUGGAGUGCAACACUAAGUCUGUGGGAUUCGGUGAUUCGGAAAAGGAUCAGUCUGCAGCAGAUGAAGCUUGAGCUCGAACUGAACUCAGUUUUGAAUGAUCAAAUGCCCUACCUUGAUGAUUGGGCUUUGCUUGAAAGAGAUCACAUGACCUCUUUAUCUGGGGCUGUGGAAGAUUUGGAAGCAAGCACUCUCCGUCUUCCAGUUACCGGUGUAGCAAGGGCAGAUAUUGAUUCUUUGAAGGUUGCUAUCUGCUCAGCAGUUGAUGUGAUGCAGGCUAUGGGAACAUCUAUUUGCUCUUUGCUUCCAAGGGCGGAAAGCAUAAAUAGUUUGGUUUCAGAACUUGCUGUUGUAGCAGCUCGGGAGAAAGCAAUGCUUGACGCAUGUGAAACUUUAUUGGCUUCGACAACAGCUAUGCAGGUGGAGGAAUUUAGUCUAAGGACACAUCUCAUACAAAUAAAAGAAGAUUUGGGAAGAUUAAGUAGCCAAUUUUGGCAAUCAAGACAUCCUUAUAAUCCUCACUAGUUGCGGCGAAGAGAUCAGCGGUGUCUCCUCCGUUCUCUGUAUGUAAAUUGAGGUUUUAGUGUUAUCUUUUUUCUUUUUGUUCCCUCCCUUAAUUUUUUUUUUUUCUAGAACUUAAAUGGAUUAUUUUCUUUUUCUAAUCAAUCCCUUUUUUCUUUUUAACAAAGCAAAGAGUGAUUAGCUUAGCUUAAUUGCUCUGUCUUUUCCCACUUGUAAUUCUUUUUCUUCUUGUAUUAAGUAACUAAAAAAAAGGAAAAUUCAAAGAGAGAUAUAUAUAUAGAGUGAGAGAUAGGAAAAUGUUGAGUUUCAUUAUUGUACAUGCAAAUCCAGAAAUGGGAAAGAAAAGGGUGUAGAAAAACAGGGUUCUGUUUUGUACAUGUGUUUUUGAGUUAAA